GUACUAUGCGUUAGGGACAACGAUGCUAGUCAGCAAUGAACAACGUAUGGCACUACUAUAAUCUUCGAAAACUAACAGGGAAAUGGUGAUUCUUAUAGAUGGGAUACCGUUUUGGCUAUUACUGAUUGCCAUUCAAAAAUCGGAGUCAAACUCCAACGACGAACCCGAGUUUGAGCUCGCAAGUUUCGGCCCAGUGCGUGCAAAACAGACUAAACCUAUUUUCGGCGAGCCAUCUGCUGAACAAUUACCAAGAAAAUUUUCAAACCGGCGUCCAUUCGAAUUCGACACACAAUUCGAGAAUUAUGCAGAUUCAACUGGUUUAAGCUUCGAAAAUCCUCAUGAAAGCAGAUAUUUCAGAACUUCUAACAUCAGCCAUCAAGAUUAUGAGGUAUCGGCUGCCCAACCGCGGAGACAGUCGUUCAGUAGAACGACGAUCUGUCGUAAGGAUAUAAAAAACAGAGAGCAAAACCUGAAGCCGGCAGCAUUGUCGCCACGCUCGCAACGUGUUGAAUUCCGUCCCAAUCCUCUUAAAAAUUUAUGUAACAAGCCACCACCGCCAGUGCCUCCGGUAAAAGCGACGGAUUUUAAGGUUCAAAAAAUUAAGCCGAACAUGAGCUGCCCGCUACAUCUAGUUGCCGACACUUCGUUCGUUGAACAUCUGACCCACGAAGCGAGGCACUUGGACAGACGAGUUGGCGCGGUCGUAGUCGAAAUCAUGACUGUUCUGUACUACGUAAACGUGAUUUUCAAACAGAUGAUUUUUAACACACAUGGUGCUGCACCCAGCGGUCUUCGGUUUACAAUGGGUGAAAUCAAAGUGCACUCAGGCUAUUUUGAUAGAGGUUAUAACGUAGAGGGCAAGUUCGAUUCCAUAAGUGAACUCUUUUGGCGCUUCGCGGUGGGAGAAGGCAAUACUAAUUCUAGGCAUUGCGGCGCAGUACUAUUCACGGGGAAAGAUUUCAGCCCGUGCCUGGACCUUGGCUUAGCGUAUAUAGGCUCUGCAGAUAAGCUCGACGCAGGCAUAUGCGCCCAACCCAGACCAACUAGCGAUGACACUUCAAUUUUUGUAACACCGAAUAUCGCCGUAGUCACUGCGCGCCAACGAACCAAACCUAUCGCAAGAAUGGAACUGGUCCGAGCCCUUGCUCACGAACUGGGCCACAUGUGGGGGGCUCAUCACGACAGUGUUAAAGACAGCAAGUAUAUCAUGUAUAAUAGAAAAACGAAAAAUCGAGUCAUGGAGUUUUCCGACAUUAGUAUCGAUCAAAUGUCGCGCAUACUUAAUCUAAAAGUGUCCUGUUUCAGCUCUAAGAUUAACACUUGCGGUAACGAAAAACUUGAUCCUGGUGAAGCGUGUGACGAAGGGUGGGCCGGAGGUCCCUGCUGCGAUAGUAACUGCGCCCUGAAACGGUUUGCCGAUUGUAGUGACCUUAAUGACAGAUGCUGUGUGAUGUGCAAGUUUGCUCCGAAGGAUACGUUUUGCCGAAGACCAGAUUACUGGGAUUGUUUGGACGGGGCCCGAUGUACGGGAAAUAAUGCAACCUGUCCUGAUCAGGCUCCAGCAAAAAACGGGACCGCAUGUCGAAAUUUCGGAGUGUGUAUGGCAGGUCGAUGCAUCCACAUAUGUGAGAAGCUGAAUUUAAAGCCUUGUAGAAGUGAAAAUGGGCGAUCUUGCGAAAUCAGAUGUAAUGAUAGCCGGAGAUGUAAGUCGUUUGACCCACCGAUCCACUACGAAAACGGCACUCUAUGUGGAAAUAACGGAAUCUGCCACAAUCGAUUGUGCAAGCCAUACUGUGAGUACUUCGGCCUCAGAAGCUGCAAAUGCCCCGAAGCGUACACGCGUAGAAAAAUAUGCUGUGAAUCCUUAGGGAUCUGCGCCCCAAUGAUCAAUACUCCUAGGAGGAACUACGUGUAACCUAUAGAGCGAUGCGAUCUUAGACGAUUUCAAUUUUUUUUAAACACUAUUAAAAACUAUUUAAUAAACAAUAUACA